GUCUGGUGUCAGGCAGGCUGCUGAGGUGCUGCUUGGGAGCUAAGAUAGAUGGAAUAUCUAUCUUGGGAGCUGGAAUAGAUGAUAAAAGACUCUUUUACAGAGGGGUGUUCUGUUUCCAGGAACAGGUUGCUGGGGUAAGAUAUGAUCUGGGAGCCUAGUCACAGUGGCUGGGCAAAGGCACACCCUCGGGACACAAACGGCCAAGCAAGGCACUGGGGAAGGAGCUGUUUGCUGUAAGCCUCACAGAGCCCUUUGGGUUCCAGAAGACUUUUGCAAGAUGUAUUACCUGCUGGGUGGCAGACACUUUAUUGAAUAGAGAAUGGCAGGAAUUUUGCAAGUGCACCUUCGGGUUCUCCAGCACAUUGUUUCAGUUUCACUUUUCUUGUUAAAUAAAUGAAACUUGAAAGGGACCCACCCCUUGAUCCUGAACGAAACUGCUGCCUGACAGACUGCAACAGUCAGAUACAGAUGGGCACCAUGGCCAUGAUGCAGACCCCAGAGCGCCUCAUUCCCGGGCAGAACUGUGUGCUGAUCCUCAUCUUCACGGUGCUCCUGCAGUCUCUCUGCAUGGCAGUGACCUACUUGUACUUCACCAACGAGCUGAAACAGAUGCAGGACAAGUACUCCAAAAGUAGCAUUGCAUGUUUUUUAAAUGAAGAUGAGGGUUUCUGGAAUCCCAUUGAUGAGGACAAUAUGAAUAACCUCUGCUCACAAGUAAAGUGGCAACUACGACAGCUCAUUAGAAAGAUGCUUUUGAAAACCUAUGAGGAAACCGUUACUACAGUUCCAGAAAAGCAACAAAAUGGUUCCUCCAUAGUAGGACAAAAGUUUCUUCAGAGAGCAGCAGCUCACAUAACUGGUACCAGUUCAAGAAGUACAGCCUCAGCUCCAAACUCCAAGAAUGGAAAAGUUUUGGGUCAGAAAAUAGACAGUUGGGAGUCAUCAAGAAAAGGACAUUCAUUCUUAGACAGGUUUUACAUAUGGAAUGGAGAGCUGGUUAUCCCUAACACAGGCUUUUAUUACAUCUAUUGCCAAACAUACUAUCGAUUUCUGGAAUCUGAUGAAAUUUUGGAAACAGUUUCAACAGAAAUGAACAAAAAGAAAAACAAACAACUGGUACAAUAUAUUUACAAAUACACUAGCUAUCCUGAUCCUAUACUGCUGAUGAAAAGUGCUAGAAAUAGCUGUUGGUCGAAAGAUUCAGAAUAUGGACUCUACUCCAUCUAUCAAGGGGGAAUAUUUGAACUUAAGGAAGGUGACAGAAUUUUUGUCUCUGUCACUAAUGACAAUUUGAUUGCCAUGGACCAAGAGGCCAGUUUUUUCGGGGCCUUUUUAAUUUACUAAGUGAUCUGAAGAGGAAAAAACAGUGCCUGCAAAGUGACAUUUCACUUUGCAGGGUGAUAUAUUGUGAUGCUACAUCACACAAAGGAAAGCUGCUUGAUGCGUGACUGAAAGACUGAAGCACAUCCCCGAAGAGUGACAAGCUUAUUCCAGAAAAGUGAAAUUGUCAAACAUCUUACAUUGUUCUUACUAACAAAUCUAGAAUACUUUGUUUUCAAACACUGCGGCAAGACCUUCUGUCUUUAUCAUCUACUCUUGUGAAGAUUCUGUAAGGAAGAAGGAUCCAUCUCGUAAGUAAUAUAUCAUAUUGGUAACUUUCAGGUUCCUUUCAGAGACAACAUUCCCAAAGUUGAAGGAGAAAAGAACACCAUAAGAAGAUCAUGAGAGGCAAUCUGCUGUCAAUAUAUACGAUGUGCAAACAGAAUUUGCAUUUUGUAGGACCUGCAGGAUUUGUGUCAUACCCCCGGACUGAAUGGAAAUAAGAAAAUUGCACUGAAAAAAGUACUAUUUUGUGAAAGAAAGAAAGAAAGAAAGAAAGAAAGAAAGAAAGAAAGAA